GAGAGGCGUUCAGGGGCUUUUGGUCUGAAACGCUUCGGGUUAUUUUGACACUUCGGGGCCAUUUUUGUGCGAUGGAUUCGCAACCGCCGCCAAAGCCGUGGGAACGGCGGAUUCCCGGGACCAUAGGUGCACCUGUAAAUUACAGGUCGACGGACUUUGGACCUCCUGCAGGCUCCAGUAUUGGCCCUCCCAUCCUGACCAGAGUUGCACCACCGCUGCCCCCACGUCCUGUGCAACAAUCUUACCGUCCAGCUUACAGCUCCUUCACCUCCUCUUACAGUCCCUACGGGAGCUCCAUGUACGGGGGCUACAGCCCCUACAGCCCCUACAGUGGUGGCUACGGCCUCGGAGGUUACAGUCGCUUCUCUCACGUGGAGGAUGCCGCCCCCAGUCGCUUCGUGCAACAGGCUGAGGAAAGCAGCCGCGGCGCUUUCCAGUCCAUCGAAAGCAUCGUCCAAGCCUUCUCUUCAGUUAGCAUGAUGCUAGACGCCACAUUUUCAGCCGUCUAUAACAGCUUUCGUGCUGUGCUGGAUGUGGCAAACCACCUGACACGGUUACGUGCGCAUCUCACCAGGGUUUUGUCAGCAUUUGCCUUGGUGCGCACUUUGAGAUACCUCUACCGACGUUUACAGAGACUGCUUGGUCGAGGGUCCGCUGCUGAGGUUGAGGAUUUAUGGGCGGACAGUGCAAGCGAUGCUCUGGCAGUACCCAGAGGCUCUGGAGCCGGAAUGGACGAUCAGACCGUUAAGUCGUGGCCAAUCAUUUUAUUUUUUGCCGUGGUCCUGGGUGGUCCUUACCUCAUUUGGAAACUGCUGAGCUCUGCCACUGGCUCUGAAGAUAGGGCGACUAACUGGGCCAGUGGAGAGGAUGACCAUGUUGUGGCAAGAGCAGAGUACGACUUUUCAGCUUCAUCCGAGGAGGAGAUUUCUUUCCGGGCUGGGGACAUGCUCAACCUUGCACCGAAAGAGCAACAGCCCCGUGUGCGCGGCUGGCUGCUGGCCAGCCUGGACGGUCAGGCAACAGGCCUCAUCCCCGCCAAUUACGUCAAGGUCCUCGGCAAGAGGAGAGGCCACAAGCAGGCAGAGAUGGAGAGGCUCACUCAGGUGCAGCAAGAGAACUCGCAGGACUCCCGGGCUGCCCUCUCCGCAAAUGGGAAUCCUUCGUCCGUGGAGUUGUUGGAGUCAGUGUACAAAGAAACACCAACUUCCACCAGUGUAGGACUUCCAAAUUGCAGUUCCAAUACAGUCGUUAACAUCCCGGAGAAAACUGACCUGUGAAUCUACUGCUAGUUUGAAUGUAUGCAAGUCUGUUUUUUUUUUUUUGUAAAUGACUCACUUUCACUGUUCAACUGUAAAUGUUGACUGAUUAACAGUAAAAGUAGUAUGUGGAACUACAGUAUCUUAUAAAGGGUCAAUUCACACAUUUUCAUGUUUCUUGGUUUAGAACCUGCGUUGGAACUUCGAGAGUUGUAAUAAAAUAAUAUAUAUAAUUUUAUUUGUGUAGUCCUGAUGUUGAUCAUGUUUAAUUCAAAAUGCGUGUGUUUAUAAUGAGAAGCAACUGAUUUUGACCACCCCCGGAAACAGCAUAAAUACAUAGUAAAAUUAUUUUGUCAAAUAAAUCAUUUGAAAAAGCUUAA